CCGCUGGCGGUGACCGGUUUUCCCGCCACCUCACUGCUGGUAGACGACACUUGUGCGUCCUUCAUUGCGGAUGAAUUUUUCAGUGGUCGUGGAGCUUUGGUGGCGCCUUUUUUUUCCGGCCUGAAACCAUGGGGACUGGAAGAAGAGAUGGAUGAUGUGCUCUCAUGCGGUGGCUCCAGUGGCUUCCCUGGCACUUGUAGUCAUGAGGAGGAUGAGUACUCCGAGAUUCUGAGAAGCGUGGAGGACGAAAAUUCCACUUUGCUCUGUGCCUUAAUUGAGGAGUUUGUUGCCUUUUGGCACAACAACAGCGAUGACGCAACAGAUAGGACAAUAAACCUGCUGAAGGAUCCACGUGCGGCGCGGUAUCAGAAGCAGUGGUCCAGGUAUCACGCUCCCUUUGAAGAAAGGCUAGUCUGUAUCACAUAA